UAUAAGAAUUCUUUUCAAGAGAAUGGCGGCAGUUAUCGAAUGGGUUUAAAGUUUAGAUCAGAAAAAACCUGAAUUUGUCGGUCUCAUUCUUAGAAUUUACGUUGUACGACGAUCGAAUUAUCUGUGCAUUUGUUUUGGAUGUGUGGUUCGUCAUUAACUUACGAUAUUGAAGGUACUUGGGAUUCUAAUCUGUACACAAAUUGAUUACUUGAUUACAGAAACAUGGCUUUUGAUGUUCGCUGAUCAUAUUCUCCCUCCAUGAAUUUGGCUUCUUUUCCCCGAUUUUUUGGAGUACAGAUUUCGAAAUACCACUCGUAAUCUUUCCUUUUUCUUUCAUUUGUGUUUGUAAAUUCAACAAUCUAACAGUAUUUACUAUUUAGCGCUGUCCACUUGCCCUAAAAGACCCGACGAUCAGAUUGUGGGUAAUGAGAGAACAUUCUGAAAUCGGGAAAGUCGAAACAGGCAUGUGGUUCUCUUUCUCUGUCAACAAUGUGAUUAGAAAACAAGAUCGCCAUAAAAUUAUGAAAUAUCAUUGGCUUAAAUUAAUCCGUAGAAUUCUUUCAGUUUUUGCGGAGUUCUAGUCACAGAUGAUGGAUCCAGAGGACCUACGAUCGGAGCUGCUCUCCUUGAGACGAUUGUAUGGCCUUCUUGUAAACGACCAACAACGUGUCUCUGAAAAUUUGGACAAGAAUGCAAGACAACUACUACUAAAUUUACUGAAUGCUAGUGCAAAAAAAGCUUUCGAGGCUCAUGCAAAGAUGGUAGGUACUCAAUACAGACCAUCUUAUUAUAACCUGUGGUCAACUACCCAAUUUCCAAGUCUGCAGAAUCUUGACUUAAGAACCAGUCAAGGGAUCUUCAAUGAGCCAAUAAGUCAAGAAUUUUCUUCAGGUGAACCAGAUGUCAAACCGAAACGAUGCCGUGUAUGUCAAAGACCAAAAGUCAAACAGUUGACCAAAGAGUUAAGUCAAGUUCAAGAUAACCAAUGUCAAAAUCAUAAAAGAAGUUGGGAAGAUCAAAAUAACCCAACCACCUAUGAAGUUGAAGUUGGAGUUGGAGGAUUCCCAUGUUCAUCAACAGUUGACUUUCUGAAAUCACCGACUUUAUAUAAUCAAAAUGAUGAAGAUGAUCAAAUAUCAAGACAAGCUUAUGCUAAAAUCCAACAAAUAGAAUCUUGCAUUUCGACUUUGCAACUAGCAUCCAAUCGUGUCAUGUCCAGAUAA